GGCACCGGAACUACUUCAAGGACAUCGAGAUGAUGCUGGGCUUCCCGCCCCCCCUCUUCUUCCAGAUCUGCUGGAGGUUCUUCUCGCCCGCCAUCAUCUUCUUUAUCCUGGUGUUCACGGUGAUCCAGUACCGGCCCAUUGCCUACAACACCUACGUCUACCCCACCUGGGCCAUCAGCAUCGGGUUCCUCAUGGCGCUGUCCUCCGUGCUCUGCAUCCCGCUCUACGCUGUCUACAAGCUCUGCCGCACCGAAGGGGACACGCUGCUCCAGCGUUUGAAAAACGCCACCAAGCCGAGCCAGGACUGGGGCCCGGCGCUGGCUGAGCACCGGGCCGGGCGCUACGCCCCCACCCCCGCCCCCGCGGCCCACCUGGAAGUGCAGCCGCUGAACCCCGAGAAGCCGCGGAGUGAGGACGUGGCCCUCCCGGUGCAGGGCAGCAACGGCUCCGCCCACAGCCAGGACUCCAGACUGUGACCCGGCGCCAGCCCCUGCGCCCCCGACCCGCCCUGCUCGGUGACGCACUGCAGUGCCCCCGGCUGGGGGAGCCCAGGCUGCACCGGGCACCGCCGGGGGCUCCCUGUGUGUGUGUCCUCCCCUCCUCCCCUCUCCACGGUGUGUGUUCCCCCUCGUGUUUACAGUAAGGGCCCCGCAGCUGGGCCCAGCGCACCGCCGGCAGGAGGGGAGCGGCUGCCCAACCCCAGCCCGCCCGCGCGGGGCCCGCUGGGCAGGGGCCGAAGGCGCCGUGGAGGGCGUGUGGACCUCGGGGGAGCAGCUCGGCCCCUGCCCAGCCUGUGACUGGGGUACAGGGAAGCCGGGCCCAAGUGUCCUGGGCUGGGGGCCGUGCCCUGUGAGAUGGGGGCUCCCAGCUGCCACGUGGGCCAAAGCGGCACAGGGGCCACGCAUCAAGCAGGCCGCACAGAUGGGGCUCUGGGAGGAGGGGGCCCAGGAGACCGGCUGCCAGGGCCAGGAGGCGCCGGGGCCCGCUGUGGGGGGGCAGCGAAGGGGCGGGCCGUGGUGGUAGGGGGGAUGUCAGGUCCUGGGUGGAGGGCGGCAGGCAGCAGUGGGGUCAGGCUAGCAUGGCCCUUUGCUCUGUCUUCCAGGCCCUCCCCUCCUGGUUAGGCUGAAGCAGGGUGGGGUGUCAGGCUGACACUGGGCAGGGGCAGAGCCCGGGGACAAGUGGCAGUGCCAAGGCCAGGGUUGUGUCUGGGGCAGGCAGGGUCCAACCCACCCGGCAGGACUCCUACCUGUGCCCCAGGCAUGGCCCAAGCCGUAGGGUGGCACCAUCUCCCCACCAGAGCCCGGCGCGCCCCCCAGCUGGCACCAAGGGUGGAGCACUUAGAAAGGGAUGGUAGAGGAGAUCUGGGGCGGGGCGGGGGGCCCUUUUCCAGCAUGCCCGCCCACACGCACUGCUCCCACCAGCCCACGCACGGCACAGAGCACACUCCUAGGGCACAGCCACACACACACGGCACAUGCACGGCCCACACAUACACAGCACACGUGCAGACACGCACACACAUACAUGGCCCAGGCACAUGCAUAUACACACGCCCAUACACCCUCACCCAGCUCUCUCAUGCACAUUGCCUGGGGGCGCAGGGCCGGACCUAGCCAAGUCCCUGACACGCUGUGAGCAGAGCGUGCCCCCCACCAUGCUGUAUCCCAUGGGGGGGGGGCGGGAGGGAGUCAUAGAAUCAUAGAAUAUCAGGGUGGGAAGGGACCUUAGGAGGUAUCUAGUCCAACCCCCUGCUCAA